AUGGCGUCGUUCAUGAAAAUGUUCAAAAAUAAGAAGGGAUCUAACAAGGAGAACCUUCCUAACAUGAAUCGCAGUACUUUGGAAAGAUCCUCGACGGCAAGUAGCGACUUUAUGACAAACCGAAGUGAUGCGGGUGUCUAUGCAGGGGAAAAUAGGAAAUCUCGAGAGAUGCACAUACCAAAUCCAUACUCCGUAGUAACAGCUCCGAAAACUAACAGAGGGCCUCGAUCGUGUCCUGGCGCUCCAAUGGAUGAUCGUAGCUAUCGCGUUAGUUCACAUCGAGGGAAACCAUUGAAUGAUCGCUAUUCCACAAUAAAUACCUCUCUACGCUACGAAAACGUUGGAAGGAAGCGAAACGAUGUCUAUCAGCAUGAUACUAUUCUGGAGUAUAGCAGUGAAAGUGCGAACUCCAGUAGAGGCAGUCCGCCUGAUCUUCAUUCCAGAAAAGAUAUGAGCUCACACAAACAAUCGAGACGCAAUCAAGAUCAGAGGUACUAUGGUUCUGCUUUGAACGAAUCUACAGAUGAUGAUGAGGGGGCAACCAUGCAUAUUAUUCGAUUAGAAGCGAAACUGAGUAGGGCCAAGGAACUUAUUCGCUCUACGAGAAGGGAUAUGACUGCGAGAAUAGAGGAACUUCAGGAUGAAAUCGAAAGAAAAAGUCGAGAUUAUGACACCCUUAAAUGGCACUAUAAACAAGCCAGAAAAGCUUUUGAAGAUGAGCGGAAAAUCAACGCACGGCAAACAAAGAAGCUUCAUCAAGCUCUUGAAGAAGUGUCUCGGUUGAAGGCAGUGUUAGCUGAACAUUCAAAUGACAGCUCAUUUCUGGUCCCUUAUUGUGGUGGCCUUCCACCUAUGGGAUAUGAUUCUGGAGCUGGUGAAGCUCUGUGUUCAUUAGCAGAAGCACAAGUUGAUGGUAUCAAUGAUAGGCUUUGCUCGAUGAAUGAAGCCCAUGCUGGUAGCAUAAGUGAUGGGCUGUCCUCUCAGACUGAGCAUACAAAUACUCGCGAAAGUACUGCUGAACCUACUCUGAAACUGGAUAACAACGAAGAUAUGCAAGAUGAGGUGAGGGUUUUUCGAACAGCUGAGUGUGACACCCCUCCUCCAGAAAGACCGAGAGCUGCUGGUAGUCCAAUAGACCCAUUAUCGUCGUACGUUCCCCUCCCGGAUUUUACCAUUAACAAUGAGCUCGUUCCUCAAAGAUCGUUGUCCGACACUGAUAUUCGCGCGUUAGUUCUGCAAGAAACUGAAAAAAGUGAAUUGAGAAGGCUGCAGGAUUUUCCGGUUGAAAAGCAGUUCUGCUCACUGACGAAGCCAAUCCGGAAGGACUAUGACUAUUACGUGAGGGGUUAUAACGAAAAAAUGGAGGAUGAUGGCUCAAUAAGUACUUCUGACGAAGAGACUUGUCGCAUAAUAGAGAAGCAAUUGAAAAAGAAAGGAGAGGUGGUUCGAUUUCAACCGCCAAGAGUAACAGUUAAACCAAGGCAUUACAAAAGGCAGAUUUGGCAAAAUGGAGCGGUGUGCACUGGCGGAAUUCGAUUAUCUUCAGGAUAUAUCUACCGACGUAUGGAAGUUGAUGAGACGUUAGUAAAUGGUCAUGCGGGUACAAGCUGUGUCAAAGAAGAAAAGAUGGAGGAUGAUGACUGGGAUCCGGACGAAGGAAUGAGCGACUUCUACCGUCACCAUCCGUGUGCCAGGAAUGAGCCUUAUCCCUCUACGAGUAGGGAGUGGGUCAGAGAAGAAGAUAGUUUUAAUCCGGACGACUAUGUUUUGGUCAACACUUCGAGGAGUCCCAAAGUACCCUUCAUUCCUCCGUCGAGAAGAGAUGAUGCACCGCUUGCUUCUAUAUUAAAUCCUCAGCUGGAUAACAUCGACCCAAGGAAGUUUUUCGUCGACUACGAACUUGACUCUGUUGUUCGGUUUUCUCGUAUAUUCGCUUCGAAUAUCAAAUCUUCCUCCAAAGCCGAGAUUUGGUGGCCGUCGAAAACUUUCCAUAAGAAGGUUGCCACGGAGAAACCAGUGAAAGCCGAGAAGAAAGGUUUAACGUUAACAUUCGCUCCAGAUCCUCCAGUUGAAGCGUUAUGUCCUGAUGAAGAGGCUCUGAUGUUGUCGUCAAAGACACACAUCAAAUCGUCCCAAGCCAGUACUUCCCGUGCAGGGGACGGACCUGCUGAGGAAACAAUGGCGCCAUGGCGUGCAGGGCCUGCGAAAAUAUGGUAUGACCGUGCUGGUGUACCAUCCACGGCUUCAACGUAUGACUAUGGGCUUGUCAAACGGAAGAAAGAAAACAUCGUUGAACGGGAACCAGAGGGAAAGUUGCUGCCAGCCGAGCUGAUAGAGUGGGAAGAUGACAUUAUCAUAGAAGGCGAUGAUUUCCGCGAUGAGGUGCUAGAUGAGCUCAAAUAUGGCGUAGAACCAGCGUGUGGUUGGGUCCCGACGCAGUAUACAAGGACCUAUGAGCAGUACAUGUUGGCGGUCAAGAACGAUGCAUUUGAUUUGAUGUUUCAACCGAUCCAGAAGGGGAUCACGCCGUCUCCUAUAACCUUAGCGCCACACCCUGACAUAAUAACGGAGCCAAGUGCCUCUCAUUCCUUAUUCCCUCACGAUUUCGUUAGUCAACAGGAGCACAGGUGGGAGGACAAUGUAAUUCUCGAUCCGAAACAGGUGGAUAGGAUAACAGAACCAAAGGUACUGUCGUUGGAUUAUCUUGAUGAUCCGUUGAUAUAUGGUAUGCCAGAUGAUCGACGAUCUGACGAUCCCAUGGACUCCACGCCUAAUAAGCCUUUUGAUCGAAAGGAACAUCAGUUUACAAAGAAGUCCAAAAUGAUUCUCGGUCAAGUACAGCAGCGGCAAAAACAAGAGGAAGAGGAGCAGAUGGAAACUUCUGUGGCUCAGAUGACCGACAAAGAUCCUUUCAAUCUUAGCAAUGAUGACUACUAUUUGCCUAAAGCUAUUAAUAAGCAACCACUGUCAAAACGGGUUAUACGUCAGUUCAACGGAAGAUGGGUGGAAAUCAAGAAACUUACGAAGCACAUCAAGAUUAAAGAAGAGGUACUUCACGAAGUCUUCUCGAAUUGCAUCUUGUUCUUGCAAUCAUUUGUCGUCGCCUGA